AGGCAAGUGCGUACCGAGGCGCGGGGGAGGGGGCAGGACGCCACAUCGGAAGGGGUUGCAGGAGCCAGGAGGCCAAGUCGCUCAUCCCAGGCCCUCUCCGCGUGGCUUCACCCUCAAGGGGACCCACGAGCGCAAACUCAGUGCCUAGCGGGCCCACGCCAGACUCUCGCCCAGAGGCGCUGGGCCCAAACCCCGGAGGCCCAGGAGAGGUGGCUCCCGAGGAGCCCUGCGGACGCCAUGCUAAAAGCCAAAAUGGCUGCCCCAAGGAUGCCCGCAGCGCGCCGCCCGUGAGCAGGGAGCCGGGCGCUGCGGGAGCGGGGGAGGGGGCGCCGGGAGCGCCGUCACCGCUCGCCCGCCGGAGCCGCUCAGGUUCCAGCUACGGUCAUCCAUUGCCAUAACUUUUAAAGGAUAUUGAAAAGAAACUGGCAAAAGGUGAAAAAAUGAUCAAGUUUUUCCUUAUGGUGAACAAGCAAGGGCAGACCCGACUGUCUAAGUACUACGAGCACGUGGACAUUAAUAAACGUGCACUUCUGGAGACUGAGGUCAGCAAGAGUUGCCUGUCUCGGUCCAGCGAACAAUGCUCAUUCAUUGAAUACAAGGAUUUUAAACUGAUCUACCGGCAAUACGCAGCUCUCUUUGUUGUGGUUGGAGUUAAUGACACUGAGAAUGAGAUGGCUAUCUAUGAAUUUAUACACAACUUUGUGGAAGUUUUAGAUGGGUACUUCAGCCGAGUGAGUGAAUUAGAUAUAAUGUUUAAUUUGGAUAAAGUUCACAUCAUUUUGGAUGAGAUGGUGUUAAAUGGCUGCAUUGUGGAAACUAACAGAGCCAGAAUUCUUGCCCCUCUGCUGAUUCUUGACAAGCUGUCGGAAAGCUGAUGAAGACUAUCGGGGUUUGAGUGCUGUGCAGACCAAGGAAGAGAUCAUGGACGACAGCAGCCUUCUAUAGUUCCUAUCCCAUAGUUCCAAAAGAGAAAACAAUUCAUGUGUACAAAUUUUUCUCUUAACAGAGAGCCACAAUUUUACUUGGUAACUGUAAGCUUGCUUUUCCUUCUAUAGGUACUGCAGGGUUGCAGUGUGAUGCAAGCAUGGCAGUUGUCCAUCAGCCAAUAAACUUCAAAUUGACUUGA